CCGUCAAAUGUCAUGUGAGCCGAGCAUAUUUUUGCGAUUAUCUAUCAAGCAGUCACGCUAAAAUGGUGCUUCAAAUAUUUGUUCUAUCGAUAUUUUUUAUUAGUUUAUUCAAUAAGGCUAUUGCAUGUCCAUUGGGGUGCUCAUGCAAUGAAUCUUCAAUAUCUUGUACUUUCCUCACAAAACCAGAAUUAUAUGUGUUCCUUGAAGUUCUUAAAGAUUCGCCGUUUAAUGAAACCACGGACUUAUCCUUAGCAUCAAUUGACAAUUUUUGGCUUAGAAUGCUGCCGGAUAUGCCAAAACUGAGAGUUUUGAAAGUUCAAUCAUCUCCAUCUCUCGAUGACAGUGACUGGUUUUUGAGAAGAAAUCAGUUUCCUGAACUUCAAACUUUACACUUCAAAAAUUGUAGUCUAAAGACGUUUCCAAAAGCAUUGAUGGCAUUGACUUCUUUGUUGGAACUUGAUCUCAGUGACAACAUGCUAGAGAAUCUGGGUGCAGAUUCUAUUCAUAUAAGAAGUAUACAACGGGUCAUUUUAAGAAAUAAUCAGAUAAAAAGCAUUGGAGUUCACGUAUUUCGCUAUAUGCCCACGUUGAAAAUGUUGGAUUUGAGUGGGAAUAAUAUGACCCGAUUAGUGACAAGCGACUUCACCUCUGCAGUAUCGCUCCGAGAGCUCAUACUUCGCGAGAACAAGAUUGAACUUAUCGAAACUGAUACAACAGAGCCAAUGCAACAACUGGAAACGUUAGACCUGAGCGGUAACCUGCUCAGCGAAGUCAGAUUAGAAGCUCAACAAAACUUUCGCCACUUAUUUUCCCUAAACUUAAGUUGCAAUCCACUCCAAAUAAUCCGAGAAGGGUUUUUGCAAUUGCCGGAUCUUCAAGUUUUGCAAUUGGAUAACUGUAAUAUAUCAGUAGUGGAAGCUGGAGCAUUUGUGAGUUUGCCACGUCUUCAUUCAAUGGAUAUCAAGGAUAAUCCGAAUUUGGCAUAUUUCUCACCAUAUGCAUUCAGCAACAACACAGCGUUCUAUAGAAUGAAUAUUCAAAACUCGGGGUUCAAACGAAUACCAUUAACUAUUCUGGAAAAAAUCAGUCAACUAUAUAUCAAAGGAACUCAGCUAGAUUGUUCGUGUACAUCUCGUGAUAUGCAGGAUUACGGCGCAAUAACUAUUGUUGACUGGAAUGAUGCAACGUGUAAGACUAAAAUUGGAGCAGUUCAAAAACUAUCUCAUCUUGAAAAAACUGGUGAACCAUGUCGUGACAAUCUUCUGACACCAUUUGGAAUCAGGCAAACUGCAACUGUUGGUCAUUCUUAUAGAAUAUAUUGUGCAAAUGAUGGCACAAACUCAAAAUUAUUGUGGAUUUCUCCAAACAAAACAACAAUUGAAGCGUCUCACCCAAAGCUCAGAAAGUCCAGUGAUAAGAGAACCGACUAUUUCACCACGACAUUAUUGGACCCAUCGUUUUCGAGAAAUCACGAAGAACGAAUCCAUAUUUCCAAUGAGUACUACGGUUUUGAUGUUGUCUUAGAAAAUGAUGCAGGGCAUUAUGAAUGUGUUUCAAAGAGCGAUAUGAAAACGAUAACAAGGAAGAUCGAAUUGGAAGUUGUGAAACCGAACAUUUAUUUGAAUGCAUCUCAUGUUGCGACAACGUCGGUUCAUUUGAAUUGGAAUAGAAAUCUGAAAAUUGAAGCAGUAGAUAGGGUUGCCCUUCGCAUCACUGCAUCUAGCGAGAAGAUGUUCAAACGACAAGUGCAAUUAUCUUUGUACAACAUGUUCCGAAGUUACAAUCUAGUGAAUUUGUCAGCUGACAAGGAAUAUCUGAUAUGCCUAGAGUGGUAUCUAACAGAUAAUGAUGCAGUUAUCUAUAGCUCCUGCAUCAGUCAAAAAACGAAGCCCUUCAAAACUGUCAUGCAGAGUUUGAAUGCAAAAUUGGCAAUCGCCUUGAUAAUAAUACUGAUCAUCGUUGUCGUAUUCUGUUGUGACACAUGUAUUCAUCAAAAAGUCGCAUAUUUUUCUCGCAUCAAGAAAAAUGCAAAAAUGCAGCAGUCCGUAUCGGGACAGUCGAUGCUCACUCAGUCAUCAUCUGCGGAUGCAACAACUUACGAGAAUUUUCAGCUGAGUGUUACAUCAGCCUCAGAACACCCUCUUCUUUGAUUGUGUAUAGUAUCACAAAAUAAUUCUCACUUUGAAACGGGUAUUUUCUUUUGAUGUAUUUUCAAUUUGUAAAUUACGAAUAAAAUCCAUGCCAUUA